AUGGCAACACCUCAUGAGGCCUCAUGUCGCUCUUGUGGCCUCAUUCGCCGACAUUGCCAGUGUCACCGGCAAACUUCUCUAACCGGUUCCGACAAGCCCACAGAGAUUACUCCAGCUUGUUGCUGCGCUUACUAUAUCUCUAUCACUCUUUGCCUCCUCGCUUUUCCUCUAAUCUGUAUAACUAUUGAUAAACUUUUCGACGCCAGCCAAAUCAGUUGUUUCUUGGAGCUCUUUGCUGAAUCCGUCUCCGUCUCAAACGAGAACGCAAACACAAACGUUUCAGCCGCUGAUUGGAGGAUCGGUUUUGUUGCGAGGAGUCCAGUCACCGGCUGCAAAAUCUCUCUACAUACUCUCAAAUCGCGUUUACUCCUUGGCGACCAAGUUAUCUCCAACUCAACAUCUCCGUCGUUGGAUCAUUUCGGAAGAGUUGUCACCGGAGACAAAGCAAACCUUUUCUUCGAAACGGUGGUGAUGCCGGAAGUUACUGGCGACGUGGUUUGGGAUAUACGGGUUGAGAUUAUAGCUGGAGUGAAGACAGAUUUAAAAUAUGGAAAUGGUUUCUUGUUGGUGUUUUGCGGCGAUAUACCGGUGAAAUUUACGGCGGAUCCUGCGGGAAGCGUGAUCGGAUCGUUGCUCGGAAAUAUAAGACGAUGUGACUAUUUAUUCCGGAAUAACUUGAAUCCUUAUCUUGAAUCUCUACGAUCGUGA